AUGCUCAUGAGCGAUGGACUGCUACGGGUAUUCUGGCCAUACGACCUUCCUCGAUCGUCGUCGCCAGGAGUGAUUGUCGGAUGGCGUAACUCAGAACUCGAUCUGUUCGUGUUGACCGUCUUGGAGGAUGUCGAGCCUCGAAACGUGGAUAAUGCCCUACGCGCGGGCAUUCUGUUCCGAAAUAGCCCGCAUCCGAUUGUAAGGAUAUUCAAUCUUUGUGGAAGGUCCGCCAUGCAUGUUCUCGGUUCUACCAACCCUCAAGAUCCGCCGACGUCCUUUAAUCCGUCGCAUCUACAUGUCACUACCCAUCCAUCAUACAGGGUUCCUCGGAUCUACUGUCCACCAGAGACGAACCUGUCUGUUCAGGUUAUUAUGUUUCAUCGUCCUCAUCCCACGCGCAUGGAGUAUAUGUCGUUGGACCCCAUUUCUCUUGCCCUGGGAGACAAGACCUCCACCUCUGACAAAUCGGAUAUGAUAUCUGAUACGAUAGACACAGAAGAGGAAAGGGACAAAGUGCGCACGACGAAGCUGGUGGAGAAGCUGAAGCUUCAUACGGUUGUAAAGCAUGUUCCGUCGCAUAAAGAACAGGCACUUCCUCUCAUAAUUAACCAGGUCAAUUGCGCUUAUGAGAUGGGUCAACUCAUGGAACGGAACAGCCAUCUCAUAGGGAUCAGGGUGAAACGGAGCAUGAGUGUUGGAGAGCGCGUCGUGGAAUCUGCGACAACCCUCUGGGAUCUUUUCGUGCUUGGCGUUUCCUACGUGUUCUGGCAAUGGAUCUGGCCUGUCAUUACCCGGAUCUUCGUGAUCGGGCUUGUGUUCCAUCGCUCGGUUGCGGAAGUCGUCUUGCAGGUUCUGGAGUGGCGUGCGCGUCCUGAUGCAGCCGCCUUGAAGGACAUAUCUGCUACCGCACAACAGGUCGACAUUCGACUUCAACAAUUUUGUUACUGGCCCAUCCAGUAUGUCAAGCUCCGUCAAAGAAAGGACAACUGGGAGAGUGUGACUACCAGUCAUCCGGACUACAUUCGCUUUUACAAUAGCUUGUGGCUCGUGGCCAACGAUGUGAUCAUUGGGAUUGCGUUGGGCUCGUACAUCAUCGACAAUGCUAAUUGGGUCGCCUUUCAAAUAAACAACAUCCUUACUGGAUGGACUGUGGAAGGGCUGCAGCGCACCAUUUCCUGGUUGAUGGACUGGCCUGCUGGUCUGAAGCUCAACAAUGAACUUGCCGCGUUCCUCGGUGAUCUGUUCUUGUGGGUGAUUGAAAACUGGGCAGCGUGCAUUGCAAAUUUGCAACCAUACCUCCCUCACAUCAUCUAUGUAAUUGGGUGCUCCAGCUUCGCCGGAGCGAGCAUGCCGAUUGCGCUUUUCUCCGACCUGGUGUCCAUCUUGACCGUGCACAUCUACUCCUUCUAUAUCGCCUCCGCCCGUAUCUUCAACUGGCAGCUGACUAUCAUCAUCUCUUUGUUCCAUCUGUUCCGCGGCAAAAAGCGCAAUGUACUGCGCCACCGUAUCGACUCAUGCGAUUAUGAUCUUGACCAACUCCUAAUUGGCACCAUCCUGUUUACGGUGCUUUUCUUCCUCUUGCCAACGGUUGUCGUCUUCUACCUUGCAUUUGCAUCCGCGCGGAUGAUGAUCAUCUCGCUGAAGGCGGCACUUGAUACCUGUCUCGCCUUCUUGAACCAUUUCCCGCUGUUUGCGCUCAUGCUUCGCGUCAAAGAUUCGCGGCGUCUACCAGGCGGUAUUCGAUUCGAGCUUCGCGAGGAGCACGACAAGUCUCCCGGCGCCCAGUCGACUACGGUCCCAUACAUCCAUCUUGAGUCGAUCCCUCUUACCCUUCGGUCCAUGUUCGAUCAAUAUUUCCAGCUGGGCCAUCGACUUCGAAAGCACUACCUAGCACCGCGGGUGAUAUUCUGUCUCUUUACCGGCCGAUUUGUGCCUCCAAUUCACCGGCGCAAUCUCUACAGUAUGCAAUACAGCAUGCUCCCGGCUCGUCGUGCAGGCUUGGCGGAGGUGUGGUCCAUGUUGAUGCAUCCUCGGAAAACCAGCAGUGGUAGUGGCGGAUCUUCGUCAAUGGUGGGCAGCAUGGGCACAGGUGCAAACGGGAUACUCAAAGUGCCUGGGGUGUUUGGCCAAGAAGGAAAAAGGCGAGGACAUCGAUGA